ACUACUCUGAACAGCUGACACUGUUUGAAUAGCACUGUAAACGCGGCAAUUACUUUUAAUAUUAAAUAAAUACGGAAGACGCCGCAUUAGUUUCAAUCAAAAUGUCGAAUUUCGUAAAUAUGGAUGUUUUUGCUAAUUAUCAAAAGUAUAUUGAUAAUGAGCAAGAGAUUCGAGAAAACAUUCGUACCGUAGUCCGUGAAAUUGAACAGUUGGCUAAAGAAUCAACAAUUCAGCUACAAAUCAUCCACUGUGAUUUGAAGAAAAUUGAUUACGCUUGCGCAGAGGCACGUAAGCAAAUUUUGGCGUGUGCAGAAAGCUACCAAAAACUUGCUGCCUUGAUACCAAAUGGUCAAUAUUACCGGUAUUCUGAUCAUUGGACUUAUAUUACUCAGAAAUGUGUAUUUCUGAUUGCCUUAGUGGUGUAUUUGGAAGCUGGAUUUUUGGUGACACGUGAGACUGUUGCUGAAAUGCUAUCAUUAAAAACUAAUCAUGCUGAAGGGUUUCAUUUGGAUAUAGAGGAUUACCUGCAUGGUAUUUUGCAACUAGCUUCUGAGCUGUCACGUUUCGCUACUAAUUCAGUGACCAUGGGUGACUAUGAUCGUCCACUUAAUAUUUCGCAUUUCUUGGCAGAUGUUAAUUCUGGUUUCCGACUUCUGAAUCUUAAAAAUGAUGGCUUACGCAAACGUUUUGAUGCUUUGAAGUAUGAUGUUAAGAAAAUUGAAGAAGUUGUUUAUGAUAUCAGCAUACGCGGCUUACGAAGCACAGCUGAAGGUGAUGGCACAGAAAAGGAUAAAAACGACUAGUGGCUUUUUUCGUCAAAAAGUAUUAACAUUGUUAUAAGUUUUAUACAAUUUUUCAUCAAAUAUAUUUAAUAUUAACUUUUGAAGUGCUUUGAAAU